GCGGCCCGCGCGUUUCUGCAGCUUACCGACAGACUUUUCCCGGCAAGGUGCUAUGCCUCAGGGAGAGGGUAAGAACCCUUGGACGUGAGAACCAUGCUUGUUUCGGCCCUUGCUGGGCACCAGGGAUAAGCUUGACUUCGGAGCCAUAGAAACCCACCAAGUCUGGGAUCCUGCGGAGAACUUAGCGGACGCUGGAGAGAGAAACUACGUAUUGAAAUGGAUUUAGAGACAUCAUAGGGGAAACAAAAUCAUGAAAUUAUUUUUAUGCCAUUAGCUGCAGAUGGCUUUCUUUAUCUAAGGAUACUAGACUCAUUGGAUCUAAAUAUGUUUCGUCUAAGAGCAACUUGUCCAUUCUUCUGGAAAGUGUUUCGGUUUCAACCCUUCAGUUACGAACCACUAAUUAUUCAGAUGAGUAAGUGUACAGAUGAAGAGAAAAUAUUUGAUCUCAUUGAAAGAAACAAAGCCACACUUUCAGCAAAGCAAGUGGGACAUGCAUUUAAUGUGCUUUGGCAGCUUCAAAGGCAGAAAGCCAGCUCAUUACAAAACGCCAAGUGUGUCAGAGACCACCCCCAGUUUUCUACUCUGUAUAACUUAACUACAAAUAAAAUCAAGUCAAUGACUGAUGACACUCUGGUGAACGUGUUAUACAUCGCCCCACGGUUUGCUGUUGCAGUCCACGAUCCACUGGUUGAAUCAUUAGUUGCAGAAGCGUGGAGAAGGUUGGAAAGGUUCGAUAUUAAUGUGCUGGCAAAAUUUUCUGCUUGCCUAGCAGAUCAGCAUUUGUACUAUAGUCCAGUAAUGGGAAAAAUAGCUGAUAUUGUAAAUAGGAAGUUGGAAUCUGUACAGGACUUAAGGUCAUUGUCCAUCUUGAUGAUCAACAUAUCUUCUUUAAUAUCACAGCGUUUUCAAGAAAAAUUAAUAAAGAAAACAGAACUUCUUUUUGACACCAUAGAUUCUUCCCAGAUCAACACUGCAAGAAAAAUAGUACAGUUUCUUGGAGGUGUUAAAGGUACUCAUUACCCGCUAUUAGAGCGGUGUAAUAAGGUGUUUUUAAACAAUUGGAUGGACCUUGAUUUGGAUUUCAUCAGUAAUAUACUUACUAUAUACCAGUUUCUACAGUUUUAUAGUUUUGAGUUUAUUUCAGUGGCUAGAAAGAGGCUCACUAAGAUGAUUCCUUCGUUAGAUCACCCUGAAAGCUUUGUAAAACUGUUUGUUGCAUUGGGACCAGUGGCAGGACCUCAAGAAAAACAACAACUUAAGUCAACUCUAUUACUGAUGUCCGAGAAACUGACCAGCCGGCAAGCCUUGGCAGUGGUGGAAGCAAUGGAACAAAUGGAAAGCAGAGAUUCACAGCUGAUUAAAAAAAUUGCUUCAGUUCUGCAUGAAAAUUUGGAAAAAUAUGGACCAAUAGAGCUAUUGAAGAUAACUCAAGCAUUAAUUUUUCUGCAUUUUCAAAGUAAAGAGGUUUUCAUGAAACUCAGAGAAUUACUACUUAGUUCCUUGGAGGGCAGCAUCCACCUGCGCAACACCAUCAGCCUGCUCCGCGCGCUCUCCAUGCUCCCAUCCACCCACUCGGAUGAAGCCGUGCUGUCCCGGGUUGAAGCACUGUUACCCCAGUGUGACCUCAGAGGCCUGACCGAUUGUGCCACGUCUGUUUUAAAAUGGGUUGAGGAUGAUCACAUGUAUUCGGGCAGAGUUACUGGGAAACAACUGAAGCUACUUCAAAAACUAGAUCACUGUGGCCGUCAGAGGUUACAACAGAGCAACAGUUUACCUCUUUUAUGGGAGGAGCUUAAAUUUGUAAAAGGAGACUGGUUUCACGAAUCGGUUCUGGAAGACACAAUUGUCGCUUUGCUGCGUUUGAAGGAUGAAAUUAAUUACACAAAUGUUGCAAACAUUGCAACUUUUAUUUCUAGAACUAACUACCUCAGUGCUUCGCUACUUGAUAGGAUCGCAGCAGUGGUUGUUCAGCAGAUUGAAAAGAUCCAUCCUUCUUCAAUCCUUGCUAUUAUUCUACCAUUUACAGUCUUGAACUAUGACCCACCUCAAAGGGAUGAGUUUUUUGGACUGUGCAUGCAGCGUCUUCAUUCUCACUUAGGUACAUUGGAUCCUCUCAUGUUAGUGUUUCUUGGUUUGUCUUUCGCCACCCUUGAAUAUUUUCCAGAAGAUCUGCUGAAGGCAAUUUUUAACAUCCAGUUCUUAGCCAGAUUAGAUUCUCAGCUUGAAAUUUUAGGUUCACUUCUGAAUAGCAAGGUCCAGUUUCGUCUGAUGGAGUUGAAUAGAGCUGUCUGCUUGGAAUGCCCUGAAUUUCAGAUUCCGUGGUUUCAUGACCGCUUCUGUCAACAACAGCAUAAUAAAGAUACUGGCAUCAUGAAUGGAGCACAACAGCAGCUGUAUAAAAUUCUGGCAGAGGUACUAGGAGGACCCAAUUUUGUCAAAGCCUCUGUUUUUUCGCCAUAUUACCACAGAGUAGAUUUUGAAUGUAUCUUGGAUAAAAGAAAAAAACCACUUUCUUAUGGAAACCAUAAUACAACUUUGGGAAAACCAGGAAGAAUGUACUGGGAAUCAAACAUCAAAAUAGUUGGAUCAAGUCUUCCACCUGGAGCUGAAAGGAUUGCAUUCGAAUUUUUGGACUCAAGAGCUUUUUGUAAAAAUAUUCCUCACUUAAAAGGAAAAUCUGCUAUGAAAAAACGACAUUUAGAGAUUUUGGGCUAUCGUGUAAUCCAGAUUCCGCACUUCGAGUGGAACUCCAUGGCCCUGUCCAUCCAGGAUGCUCACGUGGACUAUCUGCGACAGCGCAUAUUUGGGGAUGGGAAAUCAUGAGUUUCAUUUAAAAGGAGUUCUCAUGGUGCGUCAUGUUUGUGUGUGUUAUACUUAAGUGGCCCUGACUGGAUAAGCACAAAUAUCCUGAGGUGGAAAGCUGCCUGAUAUGUUUGAGAAUAACAAAAGACCCAUUUUGGGUCAGGCAGAGCAAGCAGGUUGUCGAUUGUGCAGGCUCAUGCCUAUAAUCCUAGCUAGCACUGGGGAGACCGAGGCAGGAGGAUUGCUGUGGACUACAUAAUGGGCUUCAAGGUCAGCCUGUACUACAAUGAGACCCUGUCUCAAAAAAACAAAAAACAUUCCUUUAAUUUAUUGUGAAUGACAAGUUGCUGCCUGGUUGGCCCAGCCCCUGGUUCUUUUCUACUGGCCUGUAAUAUCGUGAAUGACCCUCAGGCAGUCUCAGCCUUGGCAUACCAGAGGACCAACUGCUUGGAACAGUUGUAUCACCUUGGCUGAGGUAGUACAAUUAACAAUAACAGCAGCAUCAAACUCAGGCUAGAAAAUUCCAAACUGUGGUAACUAUUAAUUUGCCACCUUUAACCAUAUGAGCGACAUUUGUGGUUAUAUAACAAAAUCUAAAACAAACGCAAAAAUUGUAUACAACAAACAUGCCCUCAGCAUGGGGCUUUUACUCUUUGGGGGGAAAGUUAAAGGGGGGGGAAAUAGAGAAAGAGGAGGAAGAGAAAUUAGAAGCCGCGCUGGAGGACAAAGGAAGA